CCUGUCUCUCGCUGACGAUUAGCCCUUUCGUAAUCGAGAUGUAGGCGAGCAAUCGGGAUAGAAGCGAGCAAUCACCGCGUGAUGCGCGUGCACGCGAAUCAGUCAGUUGCGCUGACGCGGUUGUUCCUUGUUCUCUACCAUGAUGAAGACCUCCCUCAUCGCUCUCGCUUGUGCCUGUGCUGCUCUAGCCGUGCCUCUCACUGAGGACCAGACGCCAUUCAUCUUCGACCAUGAUUACCAGCACCCAGACUUCCCCGGAUUUGAUCUUAGUGCCAAACGUCUCGUCGAAAUGGAAGGCCAACCUCCGGUAUGGAUGUCCGAGCUGGAAAAGAUCCAAGCGAAAGCACGAGGCAUCAAGUUCUUCGACAUAACUGACACGGAGCACUUGACCGCCGGGAAUAGAUUCCAAACUCAAGCUUCUUUUCCCGCACCUAACGCCACUGAGAAGGUCUGGCCGAUUAUCAAGAAGCUCUCUACCGAGGGCCCUGAAGAGAAUCUCCGCACAUUCACUAGUUUCCGCACGAGAUACUGCGUGGUAGACAGGAAAGCAGAGCCAGCAGUGGCUCAAGGAGAAGAUCAAAGAGACCACUUCCAAGUGGGGCUCCAAGUCCCUCCAAGAUCUCAUCUCAGUCUCCGAAUUCUCGCAUAGCUGGGGUCAGCACUCUGUUAUUGCCAGAAUCAACGGCUCCUCCACAAGCGACGAUGCGGUUAUCAUCAUCGGUGCUCAUCAGGAUAGCACCAACCUUUGGCCUUUCCUUCCUGCCCCUGGCGCUGACGAUGAUGGCUCUGGUUCUGUGACGAUUCUUGAGAGCUACCGCGCUCUUCUUGCUGCCGACUUUCAUCCGAAGCGUGCCAUUGAGUUUCACUGGUACUCUGCGGAGGAGGGCGGUCUUCUAGGAUCUCAAGCUGUAGCUCAAUCGUAUCAGCAGAAGGGUGUCAAUGUUCUCGCCAUGAGUCAGUUCGACAUGACAGCUUGGGUCAAGGCCGGAACCCGCGAGGAAGUUGGCAUUAUCACGGACUUUGUUGAUCCUGGGGUCACUGAAUUCAACAAACAACUCGUUGAACUCUAUCUCGACAUUCCUUGGGUCGGCACCGAGUGUGGCUACGCUUGCAGUGACCACGCUUCUUGGGCCAAAGCCGGAUACCCCAGCUCUUUCACGAUUGAAAGCAGCUUCCCCAACUCGAACAAGAAUAUCCACUCACUGAACGACCGCAUUGAUGUUUCCGAUGAAUUCAGCUUCUCACACAUGAAAGAGUUCUCGAAGCUCGCCGUUGCGUUCGCCGUCGAAUUGGGAAGUGUCUCCAAGUAGAUAGAUAAUGCCAUGUAUUUAUUUACAUUCUGAUCAGUAAACACAGCCACUGUCUGCUUCGUCCUAUAACCCCAUGAGCGUAGAGGAUGCACAACCCAAUGAUCUGCGGGGCAGGAGCCAUAUGCACAAUCCCAUACCGUCAAUCCGCACGUCCCGUUCACUGUUCCAGUCCAACCUUAACACUCGCUUCUCCGUACCUGGGUCGUCUAAGCGGCGCCCUGACGCACUGACACCGAGUUCACCCGUAAAACGGCGCCGUCUGAACAACCUUCGACAAAAAGAAAUCAUCAAAACACUGCCCCAGGCGUGUAGGAAAGGAGUGCCUGGCUGUCAUCGUGAACGCAAGCAAUUCCUUGCACGCGAGAUCGAAAGUCUAAAAGAGUCGGGUCUGGGGUUGCAGGUCGUGGGAUAUACGGUGGCGGGCGACCACGUCGUGUUCUCCUGCGAACAAGAUGAUCUCAUCAACUGUUCACUCGCCCCCUUGCCAGAUCCUGUACGAGAGGCGAGACAUGCUGAAAAAGACGAAAGUGCAUGGGCGAAGGAGCUGGCGCCGCAUUUGCAGUCCCCUCCUCCACUGCCAGCUGCGUCGUCGUUUCGGUGUUUCAGCUCCGGCAGACUUGUAUUCAAGCUGUCGGAUUUGAUUUCUCCGGGCGAAUCUACGCGCAAGCAAGUGGCCGUUCCAGACAACGUUCCUCAUACUUCAUCUUCCAAGAUUCUUGUCGUCGAUCAGGAAUCGGCGCGAAGAUCUCCAAGACCAAGGGUCCACUCCUCAUCUCACCGGCGGACUGCAACUCCGGAAUUUCUGCAGCCGUUGUCGAUCGCAUCCUCAUCUUCGGAUCUGCCUGAGAUAGAUCCAGAUCCCUAUCCCGGGCCGAAUGUUCGCGACGACGACGACGGAGACAAACUUGUGAUUCCGUCCAUAGCGGCUGCCACGGUCGUGCCCACCUACAGCACUGAGGGAGCGGAGUUUCGGAUUCCGGCCCGCCAGCAGUACGACAAACUACGGCGGUAUCUGUGCGGGUCGGCCACGAGUUCUUUGCCCGUCGUGGUGUCGAUGUAUGGAACUCUGGAACGUGUAGAUCCGGUGACGAGAAGACAUUUUCAAGUCGCUCAGGUGCCUUCCCCGAGUCGAGAUGUUGUCGAUGAUGCAUGUCUGCUGGAGCAGGCGGGCCGGGCCGCUGUUGUGCUCGGACAUAAUCGAGACGUCAAGCAACUUUCGCUCGUGCGUUUCGACCAAUCGGGGCGCAUGGCCGAGGUGGCGCAUCUCAAUCGUCCAUGGUCGUCUUCCAAGAAGGGUGGCGUGAGUGCGGUGGCUCACAUGAUGGCCCCUCGCAUGUUCGCCACUGGCGGAUAUGAUCACAUGGUCCAUUUGUGGACGGCGACUCGAGAUUUUGCUUCAGCGGCGCCGCAGGUCCUGAACAUGAAACACACUUCGCAGAUCCAGUCAUUGCUUGCCAUCCAGGACACCAGCCACAAGCUGGUGUCUGCCAGCGCCGAUUGCAGCGUGAAUUUCUGGGAUCUGUCCUCUGAGAGGGUGGCUCACACGCUCAAGACAUCGAAUUCGGUGUACCACGCUCACAGGACCCUCUCCUCAUUCUGCACGUUGCUAGAGGCCAGUAGCCGCGUUAUUCGACCGGCAUAUAUUCAUGAGGCUAUCCAGGUCGCACACCGCGAGCUCCAAUUCGAAGUCCGCGAUCACCGCUGCGUUCCGACCGUUCCGGUGCAGCGAUUCGGACACACUGAAGCUCAGCUCGCAGGGCGCUAUGCGAAAAGUGCAUCGCUCGAGAAUUGUUUCGUGUCCGGCAGUCGAGACGGCGUGGUUCGUGUCUGGGACCUGCGUCGGCCGGAUGAACCUCGAGAGACGAUCAACUGUUUCGAGGGCCAGAAAAUCGUGCAGGUGUUCAUCCAUUCAUCGUCGCGCUUCGUCGCAUGUUCAGAGCACAAGCAAUUCCGUGUGAUCAGCGCCAUUGAGCAAGGAAAGAUGAGCUCUCGAACGAGAGACGACGUCGAACAGGCGUAUACGCUCCAGAUCAAAUCCGGUCUUCAGGGUGCCUUCCGCGGUCUGUCGACGGGUUUGGGACUGACGAUCAUCGCACACUACUCUUGGCCCUGGUUCAGACGCCAGACAUUCCCAUUCAAAGGUUCCACUUCUAGACUAUCUAUUGCGUCACCUGCGACUCACACACGCACAGGGUUUCUCGUAUGCACCUCGACGCUCUUCGGCAUGGUCAUCAGUGCAGAGGCUGCGCUGCAGGAGUUCGAAGCCGUGCGACGGCACGAGGAGAACGAGAUCCGCAACCGGGCGCGGUUGGACCUCGCGCGACAGGGCAUCAUCCCUACUGAGACGGCGUUGCGAAAAUGGAAAGAGGAGAACAAGAUCUAUUAG